AUGCGUUCAACUCACCUAAGCGACCCUACCUGCAACACGUGCGGCUCAUGUGGUUUGGGAAAAACCUUCUCCAUCGCCAUCGACAUUCCAAGUUCCAGCCAAACAAGAGCGACACGAAGUCAGCAAGUUCGUCCACUUCUCCACAAACCUCCACCAUUUCCCCAGCGCGGUGGAAGCCGUGAGAUGCGAAGAGCUGUCAGCACAGAUGAGCAUGAUGAUGAGGGGGAGGGAGAGGAGGAGAAGGGAAAGGUGAGAUGUGCGCAAGCAAGGUAUGUAUCUAUGUGUUUGGUAUCAUCAUUUCAUACAGCCUCCGUCGUCGAACGAUCGACCCCAGCCUCUAUUAUCGAAUCGAUGCAGAAGUGGUUCGCCAUCUCCUCUCCCCGUCCGUCAGCGAAAGCUGGAACCCAACCCUAUUAG